AUGUGGGAACCGGUUUCAGAUGGGCAUUGGGUGCAAGAGCCAGAGUCCGACCCAGAAUCCGAAACCAGCGAUGCAGGGGAGGACAGAGAAAAAGACCCAGCAAACACUCGCCCAACCGACCAGCACCCCCAGUCCACCGCGCCCGCCCUUAGCGCCCAACUGUAUGCCACGUCGACUGCCGACACGUUGAUAUGCGCGCUGGCUGCCAGCGCGGCCUCGGCUCGCGACACGCCUUUACACGUGUGCUUGGUGCUGGACCGCUCCGCCUCAAUGUCCGUGCCCGUCACUGCACGAGAUCGCGAGCAUGCCAUUGUCGAGUACGACAUUACCGUCAUGGACAUGGUCAAGUAUGCCGCCCGCGUGGCCCUCCACUGCCUUGCUCCGGGCGACCGCAUCUCCGUCGUCUCCUUUGCUGAUCAAGCUCGCAUCGACGUACCCCCUACCACCCUCCCGAGCACCCCCACUACCACCACCACCACCACCGGCCCCGCCGCCCAAGGCAACUCCGAACUGGCGGCGGUUGUCGCUGGGAUCGACCAGAUUGCCGCCGAGGGCCGCACCAACCUGUGGGCUGGCCUGCGCACCGCCCUCACCCUCCUCCGCGAGCACCAUGUGCCUGGAACCCACAACCUCUGCAUUGCCCUCACGGAUGGCGUGCCCAAUUGCCACCCGGCCCUGGGCUAUGUCGAAGCCCAACGCGCCUUUCAAAACGACCCCGACUUUCGCUACGUUCUCAACACCAUUCCAUUUGGCUACGAAGACAUGGACGCCAAGCUCCUUCACCAGCUAGCCCUGCAAGGCGGUGGCAUCAUGGUCAACGUACCCGACUGCGGCAUGGUCGGCACCGUGCUCACCAACAUGCUGGCCAAUGCCAAGACCACCACCCAUUGCGACCUGGCCCUGCAUGACCCCCACCGCCUCCUCAACCGCCGACUCCCUUGCCGGGCCGAUGUCGCAUAUGACCGCAAGCUUGGGCGCCUCGCUCUCGGCUGCCGCCCUUGCGCCUCUGACGACGAGGACGAGAGCGAGGACCUUGAGGAUUUUGAGGACGUCGACCAUCACACCGUUCUCAAGCUAGAUCUGUCGCACCUUUUGACCCUGCGCGCCUUCAACGUACGCACGGGCCAGGUGGAAGAGGUGCCCGUGCCCCUUGCUGACCUUGAACUGCCCGAGUCCGAGGAAGCGCGGACGCUGCUGCGCGAUGCUGUGUGUGCCGAGGUGCGCCAGCUCAACGUGCUGAUGGCUGCGCGCCGCAAUCACACGGCCAGUCAACAGCUUGCUGCUUUUCUGGAAGACCACGACGUACUGGACCUGGACCCCGAGCUGUUUAUCGACCUGAACGAGCAGGUGCGCCAGGCCCUGGCCCCGAAUGCUUACCGCCGCUGGGGUCAUACCUACCUUCCCUCCCUUGUGAUGGCCUACACCGCCCACCUUCGGCACAACUUUAAGGACCCUGGCGUGCAACAUUUUGGCGGCUCCCGUUUUCGUCAGCUGGCUGCCCAGAUGUCCGACAUUUUCGACAGCCUCCCGGUGCCCCAACCUUCACUGCACACUGGACGCCGCCUCCCUUCCCUGGCCGUGCUCAACGAUUGCCUGGGCGGCUGCUACACCGGCGACAGCCUUGUUACCCUGGCCGACGGUACCGUCUGCCGUUGCGAUGCCGUUCGGCCCGGCUUUUGUUUGGCCGGCGGGGCUCGCGUGGCGUACGUCAUGGCCACGGCGUGCGUUUCCGGGCGCGAAGACCUCUGCCUUGUGGCCCCAGGGCUGAGCUUGACUCCCUGGCACCCCAUUUGCCGCGAGAACGAGUGGUUUUUCCCCGCCGAUCGCUAUCCCAUCCUGCGCAGUCAACGCUGCGCUUUCAAGUAUAGCUUUAUUCUCGAUGCUCCACCGUCGCGCGGGGCCGUGGUUGUGGUCGGUGGCGUCUCCACUGUGGCGCUCGGUGGUGCCGACCAAGCGCGAGCAGCCUUGCCCGCGGCUCGCGACCCCAACGCCGUGCUGGAACACGCCUUUUUUGGCACCACCGCCGUCCGCCGCCGCGUGGCCGAGCUUGCCCCGCUCUCCAGCAGCCGGGUUGCUGGCCGCUACCUCGUGCUUCAACCGCACGCCUUUAUCCGCCCGACUCCCUCGGCUCCCAUCUCGGACAUUGACGCCCGCGCCGUUGUGCCCCUAUGCAUAACCCUCAACCCGGCUUGGCUUUUCAACUUUUCACCGCGGGCUGUCUCCCAGGCAGCUGUACCUUGCGCAUAA